AUGCGCGCAUCCUUCGAACCUCGACUUGCGAAGCAUACCCUGGUAACUUUUUCAUUCAUCGUUCGUAACCCCCAAUAUAUAAUCGUCUCUCAGUUCCUAUCUCUUUCUUCGAGAAUGGCUUUGACAGACAUCAGUCUCUUGAAAGGCGAACCCUUCGAUGCCCCCACCAACACAUCCCCGCGAAAUGCCUCCGCAUACAAACCCCUCCACACGUUCGAGCUGCCCAAGGGUACCGAGAAACAGUACUCACAACAAUAUGCCGACAUGUACUUUGUUCGGCUAGCACAAUUGAAGAAUGCCGUGAAACAGAAAGCAGCAGAGGCUUGGGACGACUUCGAGUUAGGUGGUGAGAAGGCGAAAUAUGUCGAACGAGUGCUAGAUGUUAGGCAAGGGGAGCUUUGCUGGGUGGUGGGCACAGUAUACAUGGAAAUGAGCCUGAAACCCAACGUGCUGGACGAUAUAUCGAAAGAGCACUGGAUAGCUGCUCCUCCACCACGCGAGACUUACGUGAACCCCUCGGGCCAAGACGAUAUGAUGCUUGAAGACGAGUCUGGACGUCUCCGAAUCACAGGCGAGACAGUGAGCUCGCAUUAUGUGACGGGUUGUAUUCUUGCCGCACUUGGGACCGAACAGGCAGACGGAUCUUUCCAGGUUGUUGCAACGACCUACGCAGAUCUACCCAAGCAACCAGAACGGUGGGAUGGUGAAAAUCCCAACCCAAAAAAGCCCAAAAGCAAGGCCAGUAAGAUGGCGAUCGUGUCGGGGUUGGGCAUCACAGGGACAGAAGACGACGAUCUUACCUUGGAUCUUCUUGUGGAAUAUCUAACGGGCGAGGCCUUAGGUCCUCAAGAUCAAGCCGAAGCCCUACAACUCAAUCGCUUAGUGAUUGCCGGUAACUCGCUAUCCCAUUCUUCGCCAAUUCUCUCGCGCGAAGAUUUCGCCGCCAAAAAAAGCCAGAAGAAGAACUACGGAUACGACGCAUCCUCGUACAACGCAUCGCCUGCAGAGAAACUCGAUGCAUUCCUCUCGCAAAUUCUCCCGACUAUCCCAAUAACGAUAUUACCUGGAAACACCGACCCCGCCAACGUAGCCCUCCCUCAACAACCCCUUCAUCCUGCGCUGUUUCCCCAAAGCAGAGCUUACGUGAUUCCACCUUCACAAUCCAAAGACACCCUUGAGGGCUUCGAUGCAGUGACAAACCCUUGGGAUGGUUAUAUAGAAGGAUGGCGCAUACUGGGCGCUAGUGGCCAAACCGUGGAAGAUCUUCUUCGCUAUGUGGAUGACGUGGACCCCCUAGAAGCUAUGGAGAUGAUGCUGCGAUGGCGGUGUAUAGCGCCCACAGCGCCAGAUACGCUGUCCUGCUACCCGUUCCAAGAAGACGAUCCUUUGCUCUUGAAAGUAUGUCCGCAUGUUUACUUUGCAGGGAAUAUGAACAAGUUUGAUAGAAAGGUGGUGGAAGGCCCAGCAGGCGAGAAGGUGCUUCUCAUCUCAGUGCCCAAGUUCAAGGAGACCGGACAGGUUGUCCUGGUGGAUAUGGAGAGUUUGGAGGUGGAACUGGUGGAGAUUGGUGUCGUUGCGCCGGGGUCAUAG